UCAAGGUUGCCCAGCGGUUCUCUUCCGGGUCAGGUCCGUGUACGUACGUCCACGUGUGUUUUGUGAUCUCCACGUGAGCGUAAAAGAUGGUACAGAAUGAAGAGGAGCACCACCGUGUGAUUGGAGGGACUGCAGUUGAAAAAAAGAAAAAGAAGAAAUCUAAAACGACCAAAGAAAAUGGGUGCAUAAAAAUGAAAGGGAACAGAAAUGAGAAUAUAAAUGAGGAAGGUGAGCAGAAGUGUCCAGAGGAGGGAGGGAGAGACACUGGAGAGCAGGAGAUUAGCCAGAAGAAGAAGAAGAAGAAGAAGAAGAAAGUGAAUCGGGUGGAUGGACACAGGCCAGACACAGAGGAGGAAGGUCAGGAGGCGAAAAAGAAGGUGGUUAAAAAGACCGGAACAGAACCAGUAGCUGACAGGGAUGAGGAAGAGAAUCCAAAGUUAAAAAAGAAAAAGAAAAAGCAUAAAUUGGAAGAGAGUGAAGAAAUCCAGCCACGUCCAGUCAAAGCUGCGAAACAAAAGCAAGCUGGAGCGGAGAAGGUGGAAAAGAGAAAGAAAAAAAGAAAGCACAAGGAAAUAGAACUGGAGGAAGGAGGAGGAGGUGCUGAAGAGGAAAAAGGAGAGUGUGCGAAAAAAAAGAAAAGGGUGAGCGAUGGGAGGGGGAGGCAAGAGGCGAUGAUAGAGCCUGAGGGCGGCAAAGAGAAACAACAGAAGAAAAGGAAGAAACAGCUGGCGGAGCAGGAGGAAGGAACGGAGGAAGGGAAGAAAAAACAGAAACGGGUGUCAAGCAAAACCAUGUCCCAGCAACAAGAAAUACCGCAUGAACAAAUAGAUAAAAAGAAGAAAGGGAAGAAACAUCUCUGCAGGGAGGAGACGGAGGGUGUGGAGAAGGAGGAGACAGGGAAGGUGACCAAGAAGAAAAGGAAGAAAAAGGUGAAGUUAGAAGCCAUUCCGGGUGGAGAUGGUGGUUCCUUAAAGAAAAAGAAGAAAGUAAUGGAGGAGGUCAAGCUGCUAACAGCGAUAGAAAAGAACAAGAAGGGAGUCAAAGUGAAGAUUAAAAUAGAAGACGAGAACUUUGGAAACAAACCAGAGAUUCAGAUUGUAUCUGUGAAGCCUGGAAAUACAGAUGAGGUGAAUAUAGACAAGGAGCGUCGACGGGCUCUUCAGGAGGAGAUUGACCGCGAGUCAUGCCCCACUCCACAAGGUUCGUCUCAGGUAACGGGAGCGAGUUUCGGCCAGUGGGGCACGGCCAGCUUCAGAAAUGUCGACCGGCAGAACAAGUUCCUGAGGCUGAUGGGUGGGUUCAAGAAGUCUGGCCAGUCCCUGGCCCCAGAGGGCGGGGUCACGGUGGAGCGUCCCAACAUGGCUCUGAACCAGGCUGAGCAAGACCAGCUGACCCGCGGGCUGCAGGGGGAGUUUGAGCGUGCCCAGAACCGACAGCUCCACCCACAGCAGAGAGGGGUGGGACUGGGGUUCCAGCCCCCCCCCAGCAGGUUCCGCAUCGACCGUGAAGCCUCCAAAUCCAUUAAGUUUGACGACUAACUGCUGAAGGACCAGAGACGAGAAUAGCUACGGUUGAAAUGAAUGGAUUCUAUUCACAUUAUUACAAUGAUAAACAGGGACAUCCCUGUACCUGAAGCAUCAAGUCAACUCAGUAUCAGGAUGUUGAUCCAAGAAAUGCUAGCUUUUUAAAUUGUUUUUAUUCAUUCAUGUUUGAAAGCAUGCAUCUCACUGCCUUGUUCAUACCUUCACCCUUAGAGCCCUUCCCUGUAUGCCUAUCUACCCCACCUGAGAAAGUGGCCUCCCUCCAUCCUCUUCAUUACUAAAUACAGGACCCUCCUCUGAGAAUAUUGCCUACCCUGUCCCUUCCCGUCCUACAGACUAUUAUCAUGGCUUGGGCCUCACUGCCUGUCUUCCCUCCCUUGAGACUUCUGCCUCAACUGUUUGAGUCAUGUUCUAAUCAUGCAGCAGCUGUUUGAUUGUUUUCUAUGCAGAGCCCAGUGGAGUUUUGGAUCUGACUGCAGUAAGUCAGGUCUUUUACAGGUUCUUAUGCCACUAUGUGGAACUGUCAGGGCCCAGAGACCAGCUGAUAGCAUACAGAGCCACAGGGAGCCAGUCGUUUACCACAGAGAGAAAUACUCUUUGUCUGUUGUGUAAAUGCAAUAAAAUGUAUUGUGCACUCA